AUGCAGUUCCGCGUCGUCACCAUCAUUGCCCUUGCCGCCUCGGAGGCCACCAACCAGUGCGGCAACGGCCAGGAACUCAAGUGCUGCAACAAGAACCUCGGUGCCGCUGGAUCUGGUAACGGUGGCCUUGUCAGCGCCCUCAACGGCCUCACCCUCGUCGACGAAUGCUCCAGCCUCUCCGUCACCGGCCUUAUCGGUGUCUCUGAUUUGCUCAAGAGCCACUGCAAGCAGACUGUUGUCUGCUGCAACGCCGGCUCCACCCAGCAGAAUGGCCUUGUCAACAUUGCCCCUCCUAUCCAGUGCCUCUCCAUCAACGGCCUCGUCUAA